ACUACGUUACACAAGCAUUUCCACUGUUAUUGAUGUACGUACUGAUUUGACAGAGGAACAAAUUGAAAGCCAACAUGGCCAAAAGCGAUGGGUGCGAUUAUUUCAGAAGAAGCAGUCUUUUUUGGAUAACUACAGUGACGCUUUCGAUGGGAUACUUCACAUGGACAGUGUUCUGGCCACAGCAGGUCCCUUAUGUCAAACUAGGUCCGCUUGGUACCCUGUCCAGAUACCUGGUGGACAAUCACCAUUCUCUCAUGUACAAAGGAUGGUGGGCAACCUGGGCCAUCCACGUGGCUGAAGCCCUUGUUGCCAUGAAGGUCUGCAGUGACAAAGGGGUGGACGGCACAAGGACACGUUGCCUCUGGUUUGUUCAGACGGUGCUGUUUGGCUUUGCCUCUCUCGGCCUGCUUCUCAAAUACAAACCUGACCACAGGCCCAAACAACACUGACAAAAACUCUUCAUCUUAUAAAACAUAGCUAUUGUGAAGCUUCCCACCACAAACCUAACAUUCCUCCAAAAAUAAAUGCUCUUCUUUGAUCCAGAACAUAUUUAGACAAAAUGCAAUGCACUGUUUAAACAGAGAUUUAUCACAACGUUCAAAAUUACAAAACAUUGUUUGUUUUAUAUCAUGAUGGAAAAGUACCAAGUUUUCCUACAAAAUGUUUUCUAAUCAUAACGCUAGAGUAAUUUAAAAUGUUAUGUUCAGAUCACCCAUUUCAACCACUGUUUACAUUGCUCUAUCUUGUUUUAUGACAAAGGACUACAGAUGUUUCAUACAGAUGUUUCUUAACUUUCCUUAUAUUACAUUAGAUUAAUCGAUUUGCCUUUAAGCAUGGACAAUUUUGGGAUUUAUCCACAUAUCGAAUCUAUUAAUAUAGAUAAGGGAUGAGAGAUGAAGAGUGAAGUUCUCAUUUAUAACACGUGACAAAUAAAGAGUGAUUGAUGAACAAACUUG